AUGAAGUUCGGCAAAACCUUCGCUAAUCAUCGAAUUCCAGAGUGGUCAAGUCAAUAUGUUGGCUACAAAUCAUUAAAGAAAAUGAUAAAAGAAAUUACAAGGCUUCAAGAGGACAUGUACAGGGCUCAAAGUAAGAAUAACUAUGAUGAAAGUGGACCGCCAACAAAAAUGAGGGACUCAUCUAAUAGCGCUCAAAACUAUUUAGAUUCUCCAAAAAUCCAAAAGUUAUUAGGGUCAAUUUUCUUUACUAUCGAUAGGGAUAUUGAAAAAGUAGAUACAUUUUACAAUUCUCAAUAUGCGGAAUAUAAGAAAAGAUUUGAAAGAUUGCUUUCAUCUAAUCAAUUUAAUGAAAUAAAAUCAACCUUAGCAACGGGCGGUAACGAGGAAGAUACAGCAGCGCAAAACUUGCUUACAAAAGAUACGAGAGAAAUGAAUGAGCUUCUAAGAGGAACCAGUCAAGUUAGCAGGAUGAUUUAUCAUAAAGAUGAUUUAAUGGAAAUUCAAUCUAUUUUAUCUGAGUUAAGGAAACAAUUUAGAAAUUUGAAGUGGUAUGCUGAAUUAAAUAAAAGAGCUUUCAAUAAGAUUUUAAAGAAAUUAGAUAAAAAAGUUGGUACCAGCCAGCAGAUGUCAACCAUGGAAACUAGAAUCAUGCCAUUGCAAUUUGCUGAUGAUUCUCUGAUAAGUAAAGAUUUAAGUUUACUCAAAACCAUCUGGGAACAAGUGACAUUAAAAGUAAAUGCUUAUGAAAAUGUGGUAAGGAGUUGCUCACCUAAUACAAAUGUUAAUGAUAAUAUGGAGUUUUUUAAUAUUAUUUCUGUUUUCAUAGAAGAAGAUGAUAGCAAAGGAUUGAUUAGAGAGCUAAUAAACCUAUAUUCGGAAUUGUCUUUAAUUCCAACAAGAAUUAUGAUUAAUGUUUUAAAUAAGGCGGCAGUAUCUGAAUCUCUGGCAUGCAUUGAUGCUAUUUUACAGGUUAUUCCGUCUUUAAAUGAUCCAGAAGAUAUUAACAGAAGAAAUUUCUUUCACCAUCAUAUUAUUACUAUUGGCAAGUUACUUGGAAGACAGGAAGUAUCUGAUAGAAAAAAGAAGUCACAACCUUUUAAAUACGUCAAUAGUAAGGGAAAGGUUGAAACAGAUUUAAGGACUCUACACAUGAUAUUAUCAGUUCCAAUAGAAACGGAUAGUGUUACAGAGGAAGAAAAAAGCUCGGCUUCUAUACUUUCUUAUAUUUUAGACAAGUUACCAGUUCAUUUAAGGCCGUGCCUUUUCCAACAUGAUAACUAUAAAAGAACGCCCUUGCAUUAUUCUUGCCAAUAUGGCUUAUCUGAAAUUACGGCAUUGAUUAUCAAACUAAUGAAGGAAUGGAAUGUCUGGAGUGAAGUUCCCAUUGAUGAUGUUUCCGCAUUUGGAGAUGCAGAAUCGUUGACACCUUUACAUCUAUGUGUGUUGGGUGCUCAUCCCAGGACUACUGAAGUUUUGUUGCAAUCAUUGAAUCGAAACGUGAAGUUGAAAAGUUCAAGCUUGUUACAUUUGGCCACUGAAUGGAAUAACUAUUCUCUUUUAAAUGUUCUUCUGUCUUCGAAAAAGUUUGAUAUAAAUUAUCAAGACAAUGAAUUACACGAAACGCCUCUAUAUCUCGCUUGCAGAUUGAACUUUUUUGAAGCAACUGUGUGUUUACUUUAUAAUGGAGCUGACCUUGAAAUAAGGGAAAAACUUUUUGGCUGGACAGCCGUUUUUGUUGCGGCAGCUGAAGGGUUUGAGGACAUUGUCAGCCUUUUGAUAGCAAAUGAUGCGAAUUUUGAUAUUGAAGAUGAUGGUGGAUGGACACCAAUGGAACAUGCGGUACUACGUGGUCAUUUACAUGUUGCUGAUAUGGUUCAAAUCAAAGACGAAUUAGUCACACAUCCUCAUUCACAAAUAAACAGUGGUAACGAAAAUAAAGAAUCUCCAAACGAGGAAAUAGAUCAAAGGAAUGUAAAUGGAAACGUGGUAAAUAAAGGAUCCCUAGGAAAACUGGCUGGGCCAAUAAAGUCAUAUGGGCAUAAGUUCUUAGAUAAUAAUGAAUCAUUAAUAAUAAUAACAUUGGGAAGUAACGACACAAGAAACAAAAGCCCUCCGAUUUCGUUUAAACAAGAGGAACUGGCAAAAAUCAUUGGUUUGGAAGCCGAUUGUGCGUUAUCAUUAAUAAUCACAUGCGCGGAUUCAAUUGAGAAAUCCACUGUGAUAUUGGAUUUACCACUAGAAGACAACGUGGACGCAGUGGACUUCAAAGUACCUUUUAAAGAUGAUUAUUCUCACACAUUAUAUUUUGAUAUUGUACCAACAUACGGAACACGCUCGUUAGAAAGACAUAAUGAAGUAGCUUGCCAGAAUAACAAUAAUAGCCACGUAAUGGGGAGGGGCGUUUCAAUGUUGAAUAAGUCGUACAGUUCGGUAGGGGUCAAUAGAAGUGUAUUAAAUGGUAACUUAACGGUCCCUAUCAUUGCCAAUCAUACAUUGGAAAUAAUUGGGACGUUGAAAUUUGAGUAUAUUAUAAUAACACCAUUUGAACAUCCAAAACUGCCCCUAAAAAGAACAGAAACGUACUGGAAAUCCUUGGUGUCCACACGUGUUAUAGGACAUAGAGGUUUGGGUAAAAAUAAUCCCAAUAAAUCAUUGCAAAUUGGAGAGAAUACAGUAGAGUCUUUCAUCAUGGCAGCGUCAUUAGGAGCAUCUUAUGUGGAGUUUGAUGUUCAGUUAACAAAGGAUAAUGUGCCAGUAGUGUAUCAUGAUUUUCUAGUGGCUGAAACAGGGGUUGACAUCCCCAUGCAUGAAUUAACACUGGAACAGUUUUUAGACUUAAAUAAUGCGGAUAAAGAGCACAUUCAACGUGGAGCAGGUAACCCAUCUCGUCAUGUUAACGGUGUAGAGUUAGCAUUACCUAAGAAUAGGAGGCGUUCGGUUGAUGAUUCUGACGUCAGUACAUUAAGGAGAGCUUGGGAUUUGCAUGAUGUUGACCCAGAGGAGAGGGUCAAUACUUCUCAUUGGUCUAACAAUCGAAUGAGGUUAACUAAGACUUUCAAGAAGAAUAAUUUCAAGGGGAAUGCUAGAGGACAUUCUAUAGCUUCAUCAUUUGUUACCUUAAAAGAACUAUUCAAGAAAAUCCCGGCUAACGUUGGAUUCAACAUAGAAUGUAAGUUCCCCAUGCUUGAUGAAGCCGAAGAGGAAGAAUUGGGGCAAAUAAUGAUAGAGAUGAACCAUUGGGUGGAUACUGUGCUGAAAGUGGUUUUUGACAAUGCAAAUGGGAGGGAUAUUAUCUUGUCGUCUUUCCAUCCAGACAUUUGCAUCCUGCUUUCGUUGAAGCAACCAGUGAUUCCUAUAUUGUUCUUGACGGAGGGUGGUAGUGAGUCGAUGGCAGAUUUAAGAGCGUCAUCUUUGCAAAAUGGUAUAAGAUUUGCCAAGAAGUGGAAUUUGUUGGGUAUUGUAUCAGCGGCAGCGCCUAUCUUGAAGGCGCCACGGUUAGUGCAAGUGGUUAAGUCCAAUGGGUUGGUAUGUGUCACUUAUGGUGUGGACAACAACGACCCCGAGAAUGCCAGUAUCCAAAUCGAAGCUGGUGUGGAUGCAGUUAUUGUGGAUAGUGUGUUGGCGAUUAGACGGGGGCUAACCAAAAGAUAA